GUAACCUGCUAUAGAACACCAUUUGUUUUUGUUAUUCUUUGGUGUGCGUAGAGAGAUCUAACUGCCGCGAAAUGCAAAUGCGCGUUUAGGAAACUAACAUCCAACUAAUGAGGGUUAAAGUUCGUAAGUUUCGUAUGGACUGUGUAAACUUGAAUUGAAAUCAAAAUGAUACGCAGCCCAUGAAUAAAUGGUAAUCCGUGGUUUUUGUUUAAACAGGAACAGCAAUGACUAUGAUCUCUUCACUUGCAAUACAUCACCCACUUUUAACCAUACCUGAGGAAGACCAAUCAGCAUGCAGUGAAUGUUCAGUUCCAUCCGACUGUGAUUGUUUUACAGAUGCUCAAAAAUCAAAUGAGAAAAAAAUUACUUAUCAGACCAACAGUACUAAUGUCGUAGGGGAAAACAAGAGACUUUUGUUGCCUGGUACUAGAAAGACAUUGUCAAACAGAAGAAAUAACAAGUGUGAUGAAACUAAAGAUAGUAUUUUUGCUUGGAGGUUAAUGACCAUUAGAGAAAAAUUAGAGGUUACCCUUUUAAAUGUAUAUCUGUCCAUAAGCAAUAUACCGGAACCAGAUGGACUGCAGGAUUUCAUAAGACGACGUCAAAGAGCAGCGGAGUUUACAUCAAGAUUCUGCAGAAAUUAUCUGUAUCAGUUUCAUCGCCAGGUGCUGGCUCUGCAACAUCGAUUAAGGGAGAAGUCUUGCUGUGGUCUUCAUUAUAUUUAUAAAGCAUCAAUGUGCCAGAAACUUUUAAAUGCUUAUGAACUGGCACACCUAGCACUGCAGGCAGUCUUGAACCACAUCCCAACUUCAGUAUUAAUGUGCAUACCAAAGAAACUAAGGGAAUUUUUGAAAUUAAUUAUUGAACUUACUGAAAUUUCCUCAAAAUCAGGAGUGAUAUCUUGUGGAAGUGAAGACUCGGGUGAUGAGAUUGCAAAAUAUUGCAGAGAUUUAUUGAUGCUUAUACCUGACUCAAGUGAAAGUUUAAGCAUGCAGAAUGAAACUGAUAACAGGAUAUAUGAUAAAAAAACACUGAGGAACUGUGGAAAAUUUCCUUCGGUGAGCAGAUUCUCUAUGUACAAUGAAAACUCAGCCAUGAAAAGAAAGUCCACAGUAAUGAGAUCUGUUUCAAGUACAAAAAAAUCAGAAGCGUCAGGAAGGGAAAGUCAAACUUCAUUGGAAAGUAAUCAGAGCAGUCACAAGAACAGCCAUUUAUCUCGAUUUAAUGAGACAUCAGUGACAAGACCAAAACCCACAAAAAAUUGUACACGGAAGAAGAAAGAGGAGCACAGCAAACUACUAGGAAGAGUGUCAGAGAAGAAUCAUGUGCACACUCCUUUCAAUAUGGACAAUGUCACAACAGUAAUUGAAACAAUAUCUUCAGCUAAAAGUGAGGAAAACUUCACAGACGAGCAUAACCCAGGACUUAAUGAAAAUGUAACCAUAUCUUCAGAACAAAAUACAGAACCAAUAAGUAAUACUGCAACCACAAACUGUCAAAAUAAACUCAAUAACAAAAUGGAAUUUCAGACAAGGAGUAAUGUGAAGCUGAUAAUUCUCCCUCCAUUUGAAGAAUCAGACAAAACUUCUGGUGGAAGAACUGAAGGGUAUACACCCUCACAGGCAACUAGGCAUACAGAAAAAGAGUUUGGGAAUAAUGUUUGCAAUGUUCUGAUUGAUUCAGGGCCUGUCCAAAAUAUUCAAGAUGAUCAGGUGAUGUUUCCAGUUGAGCAUACCCAUAAAUCUCCCAUGAAAGAUUAUUCACAGGAUGUCUCUUUGCCACUGCGAAGUUCAUUUGAACCUUUGCACUUGGAGAAAAUGGUAACAUAUACAAAAGGCUGUGACCAUACACAGGAUACUGGACCUAAGCCUUUGAAAGAGACAUUCACUACAGAUAUUACUGAACUGGAAGGAAAGAAAUCUGUUAUGUUACAUCCACCAGAUAAAACAUUAAAUUUGGAGAAAAUGAUAAUGUACAAAAAUGAAGAUGACUCUUAUUUGCUAGGACCAACUACUGUAUCAGGUCAAGGCUCCAGCCCCAAGCAUUUAAGCAGUAUGUCUGAACCAGAGACUCAUGCAGAGCAUCAAGGAAAUGGGUCUGAGCCGUCAGACACAAUAAAUAAAAUUAAUACAGAGAUUACUCAAAAUGUAGUGUCACUGAAAAUACGUGCAGCAGAAUUAGAAUGUAUACUGGACCACAAAAGAAGAUUUAUGCAAUAUAUGAACAAGAAUCCUCUCUACAUGAAUUCAGCCAAACCUUGGGUAAUUGUGUCGAGGUUGGCAGAUACUUUGAUAUCUGAAGUAAUGCUUGAAAUUAUGGGUGAAAUUGAACUUGAAACUGAUAAAACGGUAACACAGAUGUUUCAUUUGGAACUCCAGUGAAGCACCCUUUGAUUGUCUUUUCAGGAUUUAGCUAAGACACACUAAAAAUAUAAGAUGCUGCAUUAAAAGGUUUUAAUGUCAGUACAGGAAAAAUAUAAGAGUACAAGUGGUAUAUAUGUUAUACUUAUCUAACUGACAUACAGAAAUCAUAAGAAAGAAGAGAUUCAGCCUGAAGGAUCUAUCCAAACAGUUUUAACAGUAUUGUAGAACUUGAACGUCAGUGGUCUUCAGACACUAAGUAACUCUUUGCACAGUGUCACAUUAAUCGACCUGCUAACAACCUAAUAGUUCUGGAUGUAUAAUCAUAAACAUUGUAGCAGUGUCUGUUGAAACUAUGGGAAUCAAAGAAUCUUAUUAUUUUAUUAUUGACUGUAUGUCAAGUAGCCUCAUUGGUGAAUUAGUGCAAUUACUGAUUUUGGAACAAAAGUGGUGAUAUAUUUCCUGGCCGCAGUGUUGAAAUGAAGACAGACAGAAACAAAAUAAUUAGAUUUAACUCAGAAUCAUACUGGAAAAUAACUUCAACUCUGUAAGUAUAUUUGAACAGGAUGUUGCAACAAUCUGUUUUAUUAUUAUAUUUUAUAAAAAAGGAAUUUCUCUGAAAAGCUAUUCAUCAAAUACUGUUCGUAAUGCUGGCUUUGUUUUAAGUGGUGUGGAUUUUUUAAAAAAAAUGUUUUUACAGUCAGAGGUAAAAUGUUCACGAAACAAGGCCACAUCAUAUUGAUGACAUCAAGAGAAUAAUAAAACCAUGAAAGAAAGAUAGGCUGUAGAAUAAAUUUGUGAAAUAAAAAUUCUCCUUAU